AAUCCUGUUGUCAUGAGACAGCUCUGGUUCAGAAUAGAAGCUUGUGUGGAGGUAAACAGCGUGAACUCAGGAGUUGAAGAAUUUGAACUUCACCAUCAAUCAUGUCAGGAAUCGUGAGUGAAAAGGUUGGAAGCGCAUGCCUGUCUGCCAAAUGCUUCCAGUUUCAUGGAUCCAAGCAACAAGGAACGAUCGAUGAGGAUACACCUGUGCAAGCAUUCGAAAGUUCAAACCAAGUAGAAAUUGGAGGCAAGAGUGAAAUCACAAGCGAGAAGGGGAUUCGAGGUUUAACUGAGAGGUCCCCAGAUGUGGACCAAACUAAACCUCCGAAGAUUUUCAGUUUUAGUGAUCCUACCAUCCUAGUCACAGAGAUUGUCCAGUGUAAGAAACUGCUGAAUUUACAUUCAAGUCAUGCAACUGAGGAGUCAGAAACCAAUUCUGGUUUGUGGAGGAAACGGACUGUGGCAGUGACUGGUGCGGGGGGUUUCAUUGCUUCUUGGAUCGUCAAACUGCUCCUACAGCGCGGCUUCUUUGUCAGGGGAACUCUUCGUAAUCUGGAAGAUGUCAACACAGCGCAUCUAAAAAGCCUAGAGGGUGCGAAUGAGAGGCUGGAGCUCGUGGAAGCCGACAUUCUGGACUUUCCAAGCCUGUUGAAAGUUGUAGGAGGAUGUGUGGGGGUGUUCCACACAGCUUGCCCUGUCCCUCCAGAUAUCACAGAUCCGGAGGUACAAAUGCUUAGACCAGCAGUGGAGGGUACGAUGAAUGUGUUAAGGGCUUGUAAAGAAGCACAUGUGAAGCGGGUGGUCAUGACUUCUUCAAUUGGAGCUGUGUACAUGAAUCCCAGCAUUCAACCGGACCAAGAGGUUGAUGAAAGUUGCUGGUCAGAUGAAGCCUUCCUCAGAGGUAGGAAGGAGUGGUACUGCUUAGCAAAACUGAUUGCUGAAAGAACAGCCUGGGAUUACGCCGACGCACACGGCAUGAAGCUGGUGACUAUUUGUCCACCUGUAACAUUAGGAACCAUGUUGCAGCCACGGGUCAACCAGAGUUCAAAGCACAUUCUCAAAUACCUCGAUGGUUCAGCAAAAACUUAUGCGAAUCGCUGUCAAGCGUAUGUUGACGUGAAGAACGCUGCAGAAGCGCAUGUUUUAGCAUUUGAGUCUCCGGCAGCAUCCGGCAGGUAUCUCUGUUGCAAGUGGUCGUUACACCGUGGCGAGAUAGUGGAAGCUCUGGCUCGCAUGUAUCCCCAAUACGCAAUCUCAAUGAGGUGCAAGGAUGAUGGGCAACCAAGGAGAGUCCCACUUCGUUUCUGCAGCGACAAGGUGGAGCAACUGGGGCUGCAGUUCACAUCUUUCGACGAAACAUUGAGAAAUGCUGUUUCAAGUUUGCAAGCCAAAGGAAUGCUGCACAAGAAAACUAACAUUCUCAAGUUGGGGAGUGUACAACCCUGCAGCUUAUCAAGUAAACAGCUUAUCCAGUCCUGCAUCUGAGGCUCAUACUAGUCUAGGUGCAAUUCCAAUGACGAGAACCUUGGCCAAAACUUCAACCUAAAGGACUUAAUAAAUCCACUUGCAGCUGCGCAUACAAGACAUUACUUUAAAUGGGCUUUCUAUCCUAGACAUCUACUUCUUUAUUCCUUUCCUUAGAUGCCAAUAGUAGGACUUUUUUGUCAUAGGUGAAAGACGUUAAGAUGAAUAUCAUCUAGUGCAGCAAAAGCAUGAACCGAUACCACAACGGGGAUUGAACAUCUUCACCUUGUCCUAGCUAUUGCCACCUCUACAUCCUUUACAAGUUUAUAUUACAUACCAAAGUUUCAGUCAACUGAGUUCAUAA